CAGCCGUGCACCGUGUCCUUUUCGUAGCCCAUUGCGCGCUCUUUUCGCUUUGCCGGGCGAUACACUGCGCGCGGCGUUCAGCGUUGGCCUUUCUUCUCCUUCUCUUGUAUAGGUACGUCUGAUCCCCGUGACGUCGGCCGUGGAAAGGGAUAGCUACUCCCUAUUCUCAACGCACCCGCUCUGCACCUCCACGCCUCCAACGCCAGCCCGCGCAACGCGCAUCCAGCAUUCAGCUCGCCUAUCUUGCGCCGCCUCUGAAUACCCGCAUUUUCGAACCCAGACCAUCCGCCAACGAUGCCCGCGUCCUCCGUCCACGCAUCACCGAGGCCCGCCAUAUGAGUCGAUUAAUGCCCGCCCCAUUUCAGCGCUGAUGUCCUCGCGUAGUAUUUACAUAUACCCCUUGUACGCUACACGGUAAUUGCCAUAAUGGACGAAGACGGCCCGAAUUUCUCAUACGCGUACGGGGGCACCACCACGCUGUCAGCCUCUUCGUGGAAUCCCGCGUUGAGACCUGACCACGAGACCGAAGAGACCACCGCGAAGCGUAUGCAGCCAUCACCAAAAAUCGUGCCACAGUCGAAACCGGUCUUGGAGGAUAGCCAGGACGAGGAGGAUGAUUUGCCUGUGGCACCUUCAGCUUCCGCCAUCCCCGCGCACGUCAGCAACAGCGUCCCCGAUCGCGAGCCCAACUCGGAUGACGAUUUCUUCGAUCGCUACGGCUCCGGCGACGUCCCACGAAGCGCCCCGCAACCGCUUGAUAACGAGAUAAACGGACACGGAGUUAGCGGAGCCGAGGAAGAUGGCCUGAUAAGCGCAACAGAGGCUCUCAACCUGGAUGCGCCAGACAAGCAUAUCAAUGCGCAUAUGAACGGCGCUUUGACCGCGCCAUGGAAGGCCGUCAUGGAGAACGACGUGGCGGAUGCAGAAGCUCCAGAGGCACACCCGGCCGAGAGGUACGAACAUCAGGGAGAGAGCACAGCCUUGGAAGACGCUGUAGCCGAGAGCGCCAAAGUGCCGCUAGUCGCAGAUGCAGAGCCGGUAACUGACGACUGGGACGCUUCUGGAGAGGUUUUCGAUCUCGGAGGAAAGCCACAAGAUGCACCUAUUGCGACCCCUCUGGAUGUGCCUUUUGCGACUCCACAAGCCGAAGCUAUUGGAACAACCGUUGGCGAUGAUGUUAUUGGAAACACCAAGGUCGGAGGAAAUGCUGGAGAAGAGAUAGAAUGGGGCAACACCGAGGGUGAUGACUUCUUCGGUGCUGGCGCUGCUAUCCAGCCAAUUGAGCCAGAGAAAUCGACAGAGGGCCCCGGAGCACAUGUCAUGCAAGAUACAGAGGCAACGCCUACGGCAGGCGCGGAUUCCGUGUGGGAUAUUACAUUGGACGAUGAUUUCCUGCCUGACACCGAGGAGACCCCGGCUUUUGAGCUAGACGAUGAAGGCUUUCUAGAGGAGCCGUCCGAACCAGCACCUCAGCCUGUGCAAGCAACUUCAUUGGGAUCCAGCACUAUCAAUCGAUAUGCACCCCAAGCAGCGCAGGUACCACAGCCGCCUGCGAACCCAUAUGGCUUGCAGGCGCCUCAGUUCACUGAUUUCUCUCGGAUGGACCAGGGGAAGCCCGCAGCAACUCCAAAUGUUCCCUAUGGCGCGUAUAACCAACCCUCUUCAUAUCAGCAACAGCCUUCCAGGCCUGAAAUGCCCAGCUCUGCGGAAAGCUUCGCCGCCAAGUCGAAAGGUGGUUAUCAUUCUCCAUACGACCUGCCUGACGAUGUCGUUGCUCCCAUUCGAAAACGGCCUACCCACCGAACCUCAUCGAUACCAAGCGCGCAACCGACUCCACCGCCACCAAGGACUAGCAGCAUAUCCAAUACGGGCGCACCUCGGCCGCCACCCUCAAACAUGUCCACAUCAAGCUUAUCUCCGCCAUCAUCUGGUCAUUCGAUGCAAUCCCAGAUGACUGGCAUCCCCCCAAAACCGGCUGCUCCGACGAAGGCCCCUUCCAAUGAUUUUUUCACGGAGUUGCCGAUAACUUCUAAACCGAAGCAUCACGGACAUUCAGGACGUUAUACGCCGCAGCCCAGCACGCCCCAGCACCCUCCUCCACAUGCCCCUCCUCCACAUGGUUUCCCUCCUAAAGAGCGCACAGCGUCCUGGUCUUCGUUAAGAAAUGAAGUCCUCCCAGAUUCGGGCGGUCUUGUCUCCCAACUUCGGCAACCCGAGCGGUUACCAGUCUUCCCGGAUCAACCAACAGCGAUGGAGCGGUCUAAUAGUCUCCCCGUUCCACCACCUCAUUCAGCGACGGCCCCGCCUUCAACACGAUACUCCCCAGUACCCCCAUCCGCACCUACAGCUCAUGCGCGCUACUCACCUGCUCCUCCAGCCGCAGCAGCGCCGAACACCCGGUAUUCGCCAGCACCUCCCCAGGCGCCAUUUCAGAAUCAUCACGCCUCGGCACCGCCUACCGGGCCACCUCGUCCUCCACAACCGUACGCACCUCGCACUUCCAGUCCCCUCGCAUACAAUGCCGUACCACACCAACAUGAGGCGCAAGUAGCUGCCCACGAAGAGCAUGUGCAUCGCCCACCCAACCAUCAUGCCAUGCAUUCAGCCGAGGGUAUGCCCCAUCCUCCGUUCAGGAGUCCUCUAGAAGGUGUCAGCGAGGUAGAGGAGCAGGGACCAAUCCAACCGUCGCGACCCCCAAUGACUGCCAGAUCGGAAACGCCACCUCCGCGGAGUGGCCCUUCAUCGGCUGUCAGUUCGCCGAGGAAGAGGGCGAACUAUGUGCCGCAGCACCAAGCUAACCAUGCGCCACCUCCUCCAAGCAUGCCCUCACCGCCACGAGCUCAUUCGCUGUCACCUUCUGCCACGAUGAAGCACGCUCCUCGUAGCGUUUCCUACAACGAGCGACCUGCAACGGGUAAUGGCCUCAUGUCUCCACCGUCGACUUUCAGCGUCCAAUCGGCUCCUCAGAACAUAAAUGUCAUACCGCAUAGAGCCCAACUGUUCCACGAUUACGAGUGCAUUGCACCAACUGAUGAACGGGCUGCGGACCCGCUCCAGCGCUGGAAGGGCGCCCCAGUCUUCUCGUGGGGUCUGGGCGGAACCGUUGUCACCAGUUUUCCGAAACAGAUUCCCCGUUACGGCGCCGGUGCCUCAAUACCGAUGAUGAAAUGCAGUCCCGGAGAAGUCAAAGUCCAGAACGUCAAAGAAGCUUUACCAUUGGCCGAAGACAUCGCCAAGUUCCCCGGCCCACUCAAGGCGAAGGGCAAGAAGAAGGACGUUUCAGCAUGGCUAGGACGAAAAAUUGAGGCGUUGGAAAAUCAACUCAAGACGCCCGGAUUGGACCAAGCAAUGAAUGCGGACGACGUGAAGCGCGUUGAGGAGAAGACUCUGCUUUGGAAGAUCAUGCAAGUCUUCAUAGACAAUGACGGUCAGUUAGACGGCAACGCCAUAGUGGAAGCCGCGGUCAGAAAAGUCUUGUCACCAGAAGGGGAGGAGUUGUCCGCGGACGGAGGCGCGUCAUUUUCAACCGCCGCAGAUCUUGUCGGCCACUCGAGGUCUAAUACCUCCGCGGUACAAGCCGAACCCGUCGAUCCUCGAGCGAUAGAAGAAUUGAGAACCCUGCUUACAAAGGGUGACCGUGAAAAGGCGGUAUGGCAUGCCGUGGAUCGGCGGUUGUGGGCUCACGCCAUGCUUCUUUCAUCGACCUUGAACAAGGACGUCUGGAAGCAAGUCGUGCAAGAGUUCGUUCAGAAAGAGGUCAAGAAGAUUGGACGCAACAACCAAGCCCUCGCGGUUCUCUACGAAAUAUUCGCAGGCAACCAUGAGGAUUGCAUCGACGAGCUCGUUCCCGCAUCUGCCCGAGCUGGCUUCCAGAUGAUGAGCACCGAUGGCGCCGGCCCGGCCCAAAAUGCGCUUCAAGGGUUGGACAAAUGGCGGGAGACGCUUUCUCUAGUUCUCAGUAACCGUAGCGAGGGCGAUGCAGCAGCUUUGCUUUCGUUAGGGAAACUAUUGGCAGGCUACGGCCGGAUUGAAGCUGCCCAUAUUUGCUUCAUCUUCGCCCGCUUCGCAACGUACAUUAGCGGAGUCGAUGAUGAACAGUCGAGCAUUGUCCUCGUUGGUGCCGACCAUCACCAGAACCCGCUGGACCUGGGUAUUGAUCUGGAGCCUAUCCUCCUGACCGAAGUUUACGAGUUCGGUCUUUCGCUAUCAGCGCAGGCAGGAUCGCACGUCAUUCCUCAUCUGCAGAACUACAAGCUUGCGCAUGCAUAUCAAUUGGCCGAGUACGGAUACAAGUCCGAUGCACAGGCAUACUGCGAUGCUAUCGCCGCCUCAAUGAAGUCGACCACAAGGAUCUCACCCUACUACAACGGCAGCUUCGUAGCAAGCCUAGACGACCUGAGCAAACGUCUCUCACAGUCUCCAAAGGACGGGUCCUCCUGGAUUUCCAAACCGAGCAUGGACAAGGUGUCGAGCUCGCUGUUGUCCAAGUUCAAUAGCUUCAUCGCCGGCGACGAGGAGGAUGCCGCAUCAAACCAUUCCGGCGGCCCCGAGGUCGGGCCAUUCGCCAAAAUUGCCGGUAACACACCUACUCUCAGUCCGUCUCAGUCAAGCGCGGAUCUCUAUGGAGCGUACUCAGGCUACGGUGCUCCUGUGCCUCCUCCCUCGGGGCCUGCAAACUCUAGGUAUGCGCCAUCUAAUGCAUAUGCUCCGAGGUCAUCGUUAGAUCAAGCCCGGUCACGUUAUGAGCCACAAGGACGACCGUCACUGGAAUCUACAGACGGCACAGGGUUACGAGCUGUUUCCGACACCUACAUUCCUUCGCCUAAUCUUUCCGGACCUUACACAGCUGCGCAACCUCUGCUCAGCCCAACCAGCCAGCAACCGCAGCUCUCUAAGUCGCAGUCCUAUUCGCCUCUUCGCACAGAACACAGUGCUCCUCAGCUCGCCUAUGGUAGCCCUUACCAGCCAACCGCCCCAGCAGCGGAGUCAACGCCGGACUUUGGAGGAUACCAACCGCAAGCAAGCUUUGGUGCUACGCCUGCGGAGCCCACACAGCCCUCGAGCGGAUAUGAACCUCCAACAUCCUAUGAGCCGCCCACGAGCUCCUAUGAACCUCCCUCAUACGAGCCAUAUAAGCCGGACGAGGAAGACAAGUCUUCAGAGGAGGAGCCGAAGCCAAAGAAGGCGUUCAUGGAUGAUGGCGAUGACGACUUCGGGUCUCGCGAUGCCACCCUCAAAGCGAAGCAAAAGUCCGAAGCAGAUCGUAAAGCUGACGAGGCCUUCCGCAAGGCCGCCGAGGAAGAUACUAAGAGGGACAAAGAGGUUGCAGCGGCGAAGAAGUCUGGCGGUUGGUUUGGAGGAUGGUUUAAGAAGGACCCCAACGCAGGGCCAGGCCCAAUCAAAGCUAAGCUUGGCGAGGAGAACUCUUUCUACUACGACCCCGAGCUCAAGAAAUGGGUCAACAAGAAGGCAGGCGCUACGGAAGCGACGAAACCAAUGGCUACGCCGCCGCCGCCCAGGAGCGGACCGCCGAGCAGGAGCAUCUCCAGCACCAGCACCCCUGGAGGUCCGCCGUCUUCGCUGCCCACCAGAAGCAGCCAUCUUAGCGCACCGCCCUCUCGUCCUCCUACUUCGAAUCCGAUGCGCAGCUCGUCUAUGCCGCCUCCGAUGGGGGUGCCGGGCUCGCGAGCUUCCACUCCAGGUAUACCGUCCGACACCGAAGGUGGCAAAGCCCCGCCACUCAUGCCACCCGUGCUUCCUGCCGGUUCAGGACCGCCAUCCAGACCCGGCACCGGGAUGAGCAAUGCUAGUAGCAUUGACGAUUUACUUGGAGCACCGCAAGCGAGGAAGGGCGCUGCGGGCAGAAAGAAGAAGGCUGGGAGGUACGUUGAUGUUAUGGCGAAGCCAUGAUAGGAGAGAUAUGGGGAAUAUACAUGCAUCAUGGCGUUUCACGGAAUCGGGCGUUCUUAGAGUCAGGUUGGUCAGUGGUCGAACGGGUUCGCACCUCGAGCCUUCUUGUCGUUCGCUUAGAAAGGGAUUAGGGAUUCUAAGAUCCCGAAUGUAGAAAAUGUGUGCUGUUUAUGGUUUUUUAGGGCUCUCGCAGUCUGUUCUUAUAUACCUCGACUGAGGGCUUAGCAUGAUACGAUAAGCUAUUUAAUAUCCAAGUCUGACUCUUCUUUCAACUUUUCGUGGGAUAUCGGCUCAAGCGAUACUGGCUUGCGGAGAUUGUGUCAGGUACGGAGAAGGGCCACUGUUGUUUAUAGAGGAGAAGAGGUGGUUGAAGAGUAGAUACAGAAAC